AGGGUUAGAGUGGAAGUGUCGACAGGGAUGCCUCGUCGUUCCCGUUAUGACAGGCCUCCUGCACGGCGCCCCUUUGACCCCAAUGACAGAUGCUAUGAGUGUGGCGAGAAAGGCCACUAUGCUUAUGAUUGUCACCGCUAUAGUCGCCGAAGGAGGAGCAGGUCCCGGUCUAGAUCCCGCUCAAGGUCCCGAGGAAGAAGGUAUUCUCGGUCACGCAGUCGGAGUCGUGGUAGGAGAUCAAGGUCAGCUUCCUACCGCAGGUCCAGGUCAAUCUCUCCUCGUAGGUAUAGAUCAUUUUCACCCCGCAGAUCUCGGUCUGCUUCUUUAAGGAGGUCAAGAUCUAGGUCCAGAUCACGCUCAAGGUCCCGGUCUGUUGCUUGGCCUCGAAGCAGGUCUGGGUCCCAUGGUAGAUCUAAGUCUGGCUUACCUGCUAAAAGUCACUCAAAGUCCAGAUCACCGUCUCCAAAGAGAAGUCACUCACCAUCAGGAAGCCCUUGAAGGAAUGCAAGUCCUGGAAGAAUGGAUUAAAAUUUAAGAAGUUUAAGAAGAAAAUUUAUUUUGUUUACAUUAUUAUAAGGGAUUUUGUGGCGUCUUUAUAAAUGUAAGGGCUUAGUCCUAGAAGGCUGUUUCUAUUGACCAACAAUUGGCAUGAAUCUGGAUCUUUUAAAAGUCUUAUUAGUAGACUAAUUCAAAACAUUUUGUUGUGUUAAUGUUCUGUGAUCUGGAAAUGUUGGCUUUUUUUAUUGUGCAUUGAAAUAAACUCUGCAUUUCUAACUAACUAAGAAAUAUUUUGUGAUAACCCUGCUGUUUCUGUUGAUAUUUGGGUAGCUAAAGCAGGUCAGGUCCUGCCAUGGUGAAAAGCAGGAGGUGUGCUGUUAACAGGCAGUUGUGGUCUAAUGUCUACAAAGGACAUAGAAAAAUGGAUGGAAAAACAAGGAAUGUGUGUGAAUGCUGUUGAUUAAAGGACCAAUGAACUCACCUGGAGGUAUUUGGAAUACUUCUAGAAUGUUUAAAUCCUGAAGUAAAUAUUUUUAGAAAUGCUCUUCUA